GGAGUAUAACUGUCAUCAGCUGUCAAUCAAUCUCUCUCUCUGACUCUCGAUCUGGUUGUGGGGGUUUUAUAGGGUUUAAGCUGCGAUGGCUCUCUGAGCUUCUUCAUUUGAAAAUCCUCAUCGCUCUUAUACGACGACGACGACUUUGUCAACGCUUCUUCUACCUCCAAGAUUAAGUCAGAGUUGAUUUGUGAGAUCUGAGAUGGCGACAGAGCAAAGCGGAUUAGAAGAUCAGGAGGUUAAACCAAACCAAGUGUCUCCUGGUUUUGUAGGAGCAAUUGAAGAACAAUACAAGAAACUCAGAGACCACGCUGAAGCUUAUCCUUAUGUUUGGGGUUCUUACACUGUUGUCUACGGUGGUCUUUUCCUUUGGACCGCUUAUAGAUGGAGGAAGCUGAGGAGAACCGAGGAUCGAGUUCGUGGUCUCCAGACAAAACUUAGGAAACUCGUCCAAGACGAACAAGCAGCAGCAGUAACAGCUUCUAAAUCUGCUCAAUCACUGGACAAGUCUUCUUCAGCUUCUGACAAAACAUCACUUCCUUAGUUACUUACUAGUUUAUAACCAAAAACACAUUGUUUCUGUUAAGGCUUAUGACAAGAUCAGUUCUGUUACAAUGCUUUUGUUAUUUACUUACAUAGGCUUUUUAUAUAAAGUCAAAUUCAUGUACAAUUUCAAUAUUCAUAAGGUUUAAUAAGACAAGAAAACGCUGAAAAGUCAUGUUAAGCU